AUGCGUAUCCUGGUGACUCUGCUCCUAGACUCUCUCCCCAUGCUGGGUAACGUCCUGCUCCUCUGUUUCUUCGUCUUCUUCAUCUUCCAUGCUGGGUGCAGCUCCCCGGGGCUCCUGAGAAACAGGUGCUUCAUGGGAGAAGACUUCAGAACGCUCUAUAACCUGUCAUUGAGUGUGUACUACCAGCCGGAGGAGAGCGAGGAGGACCCCUUCAUCUGCUCAGCAAUUCGGGAGAACGGAAUGUUGCGUUGCCAUGACGUCCCGCCCUACAGCGAGGGAGGGGCCGAGUGCUCGCCCCGCGCCUCUCUUGGCGGGGAGGGCGGGGCCAGAGACGGCUGUGUGAACUGGAACCAGUACUAUAACGUCUGUCGGCCCGGCAACGUCAACCCUCACAAAGGAGCGGUGAACUUUGACAACAUAGCCUACGCAUGGAUAGCCAUAUUCCAGGUGAUAACCCUGGAAGGCUGGGUGGACAUCAUGUACUACGUUAUGGAUGCUCACUCCUUCUACAAUUUUAUAUAUUUUAUAUUCCUCAUCAUAGUGGGCUCUUUCUUCAUGAUCAACCUGUGCCUGGUAGUCAUAGCGACCCAGUUUGCGGAGACGAAGCAGCGUGAGAACGCGUUGAUGCGCGAGCAGCGAGCGCGUUACAUGUCCAACGACAGUACUCUGGCCAGCUACAGCGAACCGGGAUCCUGCUACGAAGAGAUGCUGAGAUACGUUUCACACCUCUACCGUAAACUGAUCCGACGAGUACAGCGCAUGUACACAACCUGGCACAGUAAGCGUCGUAAGAAGGUGAACCCUAACGGAGGAGGAAGUGGUCCGGGGGUCGGCCGCAGAACAUCCGGAAACGCUCCCUGGCUCCGCCCUGUACACAACCUGCUGCAACAUCACCAGCGCCACCACUGUCGGCACAGCAACGGAGGACACACCCCAUCUGGCGUUGGCUGCGAUGUUGUCGGGGGAACAACACGACCAGAUUAUUGUUCUCGGGGUGGGGAGGAGCUGGAGAUGAGGUCACUUCCUGUCCCUUGUCGUGACCCCUCUGUGACCCCUGGGCUGGGGUCGUCUCUCCUGGGUCGUCUGAACGGAGGAAUGAACUACCCCACCAUCCUGCCCUCCUUCGUCUGCAGCUACCGCAGCUUCACCCCCAAGCCCAUCCCCACACACCCCCACAAGCCCCUCCCCACACAGCCUCACAUUCCCACACACCCCCACAACCCCCUCCCCACGAACCUCCACAGCCCCCUCCCCACAUACCUCCACGGCCCCCAACCCACACAACCUCACAUCCCCCUCCCCACACAGCCUUACAGCCCCCUCUCCAGACACCCCCACAGCCCCCAACCCACACAACCCCACAUACCCCUCCCCACACAGCCCCAGAGGCCCCUCCCCACAAAGCCCUCGCCCCUCUCAGAAAACAGUCCGGACCCCCUCAGCAAGCUGCAUCAACUCAUGGGACAGCACAGCCGUCCUCGGCUGCUGUACCAGCUGGCUGGCGUGGUGCCCUCCCCUCUCCUCCUGGAGCUGUUGGGCUGCCCGCUGUGUGCCCGCGCCCUAGAGGGCAUGGAGCUGGACCUGAGCGACCUGGAGGGGUCUAGGGGAGAGGCCCACACCCUGCACGUCUUCCCCCAGGGAGGAGAGGGGCGCGGCGGGCGUGGGAGGCGCCGGCGGAAGGCAGGGCUGGGGGCAGGGCUGGGGAUCGGGGUGAAGAGGGCCAGUAACAGGCUGCUGGAUCUGGGGACAGCAUUCAGAGACAGACUGAAACGCAUCGUAGACAGCAAGUACUUCAACAGAGGGAUCAUGACCUCCAUCCUCAUCAACACUCUCAGUAUGGGGAUAGAAUACCAUCAACAGCCGGUGGAGUUGACUGAUAUCCUGGAGAUCAGUAACAUCGUGUUCACCUGCAUGUUCCUCCUGGAGAUGAUGUUCAAGCUGCUGGCCUUCGGUCUCUUCGGCUAUAUCAAGAACCCCUACAACAUCUUCGACGGUAUCAUCGUCAUCAUCAGUGUUUGGGAGAUCGUUGGGCAGGCGGACGGCGGUCUGUCUGUCCUGCGUACCUUCCGUCUGCUGCGGGUCCUGAAGCUGGUCCGGUUCCUGCCCGCCCUGCGCAGACAGCUGGUGGUUCUGAUGAAGACUAUGGACAACGUAGCCACCUUCUGUACACUGCUCAUGCUCUUCAUCUUCACCUUCAGUAUCCUAGGCAUGCACCUGUUUGGGUGUAAAUUUAAUCAGCAGAUGGAGAACGGAGACACCAUCCCAGACCGCAAGAACUUUGACUCGCUACUCUGGGCCAUCGUUACUGUGUUCCAGAUCCUGACUCAGGAGGACUGGAAUGUGGUCCUGUAUAAUGGCAUGGCCUCCACCUCUCCUCUCGCUGCUCUCUACUUUGUGGCUCUGAUGACGUUUGGGAACUAUGUCCUCUUCAAUCUGCUGGUGGCCAUCUUGGUGGAGGGCUUCCAGGCUGAGGGUGAUGCCAACCGGGCGGACUCUGACGAUGACAAGAGGUCUGAUGACGAUGGAGAGGAGGAGAAGAAGGAGAAGGUUGGAGAGCUGGAAGACACAGAGCUGAAGAUGUAUUCUCUGAUGAUGACGGCCAACGGUCACACGGACCGCAACACUCUGGCCCCUCCAAUAACCAUCACGCGCACAGCGGCGACACCCGUGUCGACGCCCAAGAGCUCAUUGGGCCCCGAGUCCGUUCUGGGAGAGGGGCUCGUGUGUUCAGACUUCGGGGACUCUCGUCGUGGCAGCGCUGCUGCUUCCAUAGACCCCUCAGCCUACGACCAGCGCUCUCUGUCCAGCCCCGGCCAGCACUCGCCGCUCCCUCCCAGAGGUCAGGGUUCAGCCAGUGGGUGGGGCAGCAGGAGGUCAAGUUGGAACAGCCUCAACCGCGCCCCCAGCCUCAAACGCAGCAAAACCAGCGGAGAGAGGGAGAGUCUGCUCUCAGGGGAGGGAAGAGGAGAGGAGGAAGAGGGGGCCUUAGAGCUGCUACAGGUGUCCUCUCUGGGCCCGUCUGUAACAGGGGAGUACGGGGACUGUAACGGGAGGAGUCUUCAUCACAUGACCUAUGACCCCAACAAGGACCUUUCACCUGACGAUGACAUGGAGGAGGACAACCUGUGGUUCCGGGUCAGGAGAACGCUGCAGAGCCACAAGCCACGCUGGUGUAGAGAACAUGAAGACUGGAACCUCUACCUGUUCUCCCUCAGAACUCUCUCCGCUCCCUCCUCUAGGUUCCGUGUGUGGGCUAAGGGGAUGAUCUCUCAUAAGAUGUUUGAUCACGUGGUCCUCCUCUUCAUCUUCCUCAACUGCAUCACCAUCGCUCUGGAGAGACCCGGCAUUCUGCCUCACAGCACCGAGAGAGUGUUUCUGAGUGUCUCCAACUACGUGUUCACUGUCAUCUUCCUGGCUGAGAUGACUGUCAAGAUUGUAGCGUUGGGGUUCUGCUGGGGUAAACAGAGCUACCUGAAGAGCAGCUGGAAUGUUCUGGAUGGGAUCCUGGUGUUUGUCUCUCUGGUGGACAUCCUGGUUUCUCUGGCCUUGACUGGAGGGAACCGCAUCCUGGGAAUCCUCAGAGUACUACGACUGCUACGCACACUACGACCUCUCAGGGUGAUCAGUCGAGCCCCAGGGCUGAAGCUGGUAGUGGAGACUCUGAUCACGUCUCUGAGACCCAUCGGGAACAUCGUCCUCAUCUGCUGCGCUUUCUUCACUGUGUUUGGAAUACUGGGAGUACAGCUGUUCAAGGGUAAAUUCUACCUCUGUGAAGGCCUGGACACCAGAAACAUCACCACCAAGUCAGACUGUCUGCUGGCCAACUACCGCUGGACACGCAGGAAAUACAAGAUAGAUAUAGACAACCUGGGACAGGCGCUGAUGUCUCUGUUCGUGCUGUCCUGUAAGGAUGGAUGGGUCAACAUCAUGUAUGAUGGCCUGGAUGCAGUGGGAGUAGACCAGCAGCCGGUGAGGAACCACAACCCGUGGAUGCUCCUCUACUUCAUCUCCUUCCUCCUCAUCGUCAGUUUCUUCAGUAUAACCCUCAACAUGUUCGUGGGUGUGGUCGUGGAGAACUUCCACAAGUGUCGUCAGGACCAGGAAGAGGAUAAACCCGAGCAGCGGCUACGGGAAGAGAAGAGGCUCAAAAUCCUGGAGAAAAGCGCAGGAGUAAGGAGAAGGAUGGUGCCGGUCUGUAAGGCCCAACAGAGACCCUACUAUGCAGACUACUCCCCUGUGCGUCUCACCAUCCACACGUUGUGCACCAGCAACUACCUGGACCUCUUCAUCACCAUCAUCAUCGGCAUCAACGUCGUCACCAUGAGCAUGGAGCAUUACAACCAGCCACAGUAUCUAGAGGAGGCUCUGAAGUACUGUAACUACCUGUUUACCUGUAUCUUCAUCAUCGAGACCCUGCUGAAACUAGUGGCCUUCGGACUGCACAGGUUCUUUAAAGACAGGUGGAACCAGCUGGACCUGGCCAUAGUGCUGCUGUCCAUCAUGGGCAUCACUCUGGAGGAGCUGAAGAUGAACGCAUCGCUACCCAUCAACCCCACCAUCAUCAGGAUCAUGAGAGUCCUGAGGAUCGCUAGAGUGUUGAAGCUGUUGAAGAUGGCUACAGGGAUGAGAGCUCUUCUGGACACGGUCAUGCAGGCCUUGCCACAGGUGGGGAAUCUGGGUCUGCUCUUCACUUGCUGUUCUUCUGGGAAGAGAAUAUGUGUGUGUGUGUGUGUGUGUGCGUGCGUGUGUGUGUGUGUUACAGAGUGUAACGACAGUAAUCCGUGUGAGGGUCUGAGUCGCCACGCCACCUUUGAGAACUUUGGGAUGGCGUUUCUCACGCUGUUCAGAGUCUCUACUGGGGACAACUGGAACGGCAUCAUGAAGGACACGCUGCGUGAGUGUCGUCCAGAGGAGCGCUCCUGUCUGACCUACCUUCCUCUGAUGUCUCCGGUUUACUUCGUGACCUUCGUCCUCAUGGCCCAGUUCGUGCUGGUCAACGUGGUGGUGGCGGUGCUGAUGAAACAUCUGGAGGAGAGCAACAAGGAAGCCAAGGAGGAUGCAGAGAUGGACGCCGAGAUCGCGCUGGAGAUGGAGAGAGCUAGACGUCUUAGCUCCGCCUCUAACGAGUCGGCGCUAGGCGGGGCCUACGUGGGGCCACGCCCACACUCACCUGGUCAGGAGGAGGAGGGUCAGUGCAGCCAGGAGGAGGAGCUCCUGUCCCCAAGGAAGAUGUCCGUAUCCAGGAUGCAUUCUCUCCCUAACGACAGCUACAUGUUCCCUUCUGUACGAUCUGCCAGCGCCCCCUACCCUCUACAGGAACACAGCAGCCCCCUGCACCAAGCCUCAGGUACACAGCAGCCCCCUGCCCUCUACAGGAACACAGCAGCCCCCUACCCUCUACAGGAACACAGCAGCCCCCUGCACCAAGCCUCAGGCUCUGUGACAUCGGUGCACUCCCAGCCAUGCGAAGACCAGGCUGUACUGCCCGGCCUCUCUCACCCUGUUCCCCCUCACAUCGCCCCGCCAAGGCCCUCGCCCAGGGGGCUGCGUAGACAGGUGGCUGUGAAGGUGGACUCGGUGGAGGUUCAGAGUGUUGCCUCAGUAGACAGGCAGGACCCCCUCUCAACCCUCCGCCUGCUCUCCCCCUCCCGCCCCCUCUCUCCCCCCUUCCUCUUGGAUCCCGCCGACGAGGAGGUGUGGCACAUCACCAGCUCAGCGCGCCAUUGGUGGGACAGACAUGGAAGUGGGCGGUGUCACUCCCUCUCCCCCUACGCCUCCCCCGACUCCCCACCCUCCCUGAGGAGCCGAGGGAGUGCGCUCAGCCUGCUGGGGGCGGGGCUAAAAGCUCACGACCCGAGGAAGGGCUUCAGCGUAGACACCCAGGGCUUCCUGGAUAAACCCCGUUGUCCUGACGACCAGCGACGACACUCCAUCGAGAUCUGCCCGUCCCCUCCAGAGGACCCACUGCUAGGGGAGGUGGACGGGGAAGAGAGGAGGCCCAGGGGUCAGGGGUCAGAGGUUAGAGGUCACAGGAAGAAGAGGAUGAGCCCACCCUGCAUCUCCAUCCACCCCCCGUGUGACCCAGCAGGCCGCGCCCCCUCGGAGCCGCAGGCAGACUGCAACCCGCUGCUGAGACGCAGGACCCCCUCCUACGACGUCGCCGACUCACACACUCCCACACACAGGCUGACGCCGACACACUCACCGGUACGCACACUCACGCCUACACACACGCCAACACUAACGCCGACACAUCACCACACACUCGUACAGACUCUCCCUCACGCAGUAACACACACCCAGACACACACACACACACACACCGCCUGCCCCAUGCACACACUCUUAUCCGUACACAUACUCUACCUCAUUCACACACACACACUCCGUCCCCCACACACACCCUGUCCCUGAACUCCAACACGAGACCUUCCUCUCUCUACAGUGACUACAAGCCCCUCCCACAGUUCACCUUCGACCAACCGGAGCACAGAUACACGUGGCAUGUCCGCUGGCCUAUCGAGCAAUGAACCAGCCACAAGUCCCUCGCACUUUAACAGCAGGGCGGGGUUUAGCUCGAUGAACAGGAGAACUGCCCAAUGAGAGACAGAGCCUGGUACUGUAGUAGGAGAGGGAUUCGUCAGAAAGACUAAACCCCAUCCAGAGGGUGUGGCCUGAUCUGGACAGAGACGGGUUGGAUGGAGAGAGCGAGAGGGAGGGAGAGAAGAGGAGAGGGAGAGAGGGGGGAGAGUGAGAGGGAGAGAGAGAGAGACGGAGAGAGAGAGAGACGG